GACUUAUUUUGAGGUAAAACCUCCCCUCAGUGGCCUUUCCUGAGGCAAAAGUCUGUGAUAUAACACCUCUCUGAUGACCUUUUCUGAGAGGAAAGUUUCUUGAGGUUCAACUUCCCAUCGUUUGGCUUUUUUUGAGCUAAAAUUCACUUACGCUGAAGUAAAACUUGCUUCCACUGCGCUUUCCUGAGCUAAAAUUUACUUUUUUAAAAGCUAAAGCUUGUUUUCAUUAGGCUUUUUGGCGGUAAAAGUGGCCUCUCUUCAGUUAAAACUGCUCCCUGGUGGCCUUUUCUGAGGACAUACUUCUGAAGUAAAACCUCUUUCUUUUGACCUUUCGUGAGGUAAACGUUGCCUCUUAUGAGAUAGAAGGAUAUUUUCUGAUGUAAAAAGUGCCUGUGAUAGACUUUCCUGAGGUAAAAAGUGCCUCAGACUUUCCUGAGGUAAAAGCCACCUCCGUUAGCCUCUCCUGAGGUAAAAACUGUCUCCACUAGCCUCUCCUGAGGUAAAAAUUGCCUCCAUUGGCAUUUCUUGAGGUAAACCCCGCCUCCAUUAGCCUCUCCUGAGGCAGAGUUUUAUUUUUCUGAGGUAAACCUUUCCUCCAUUGGCCUUUUUUUGAGUCCAGGAAUGUCCUCUUCCACCCCGUUGCCGUCAUUACCUGGCCGCUUCGAUGCCUCGGAGCGCUCCUCAUGGUACGCGGGUCCGUUAUCCCGGGCGGAGGCAGCCGGGCGCCUCCAGGGCCAGCGCCACGGCACGUUCCUAGUGCGAGACUCGUCGACAUGCCCAGGAGAUUACGUCCUCUCGGUUUCAGAAAACUCCCGCGUCUCCCACUACAUCAUCAACUCCUUGCCUGGGAGGCGCUUCAAGAUCGGCGAGCAGGAGUUCGAGAGCCUCCCAGCCCUCCUUGACUUCUACAAGGCCCACUACCUUGACACCACCACCCUCCUCGAACCCGCCCCAAGAUACCCAGCCGCUCCAGUGGCCCCCGGAUCAACACCCGCUGCGCCUGUCCCGGAAGAUGCCGCCGUCGAGUAUGUCCGGACACUUUACGACUUCCCCGGAAACGACGCGGAAGACCUCCCGUUCAAGAAGGGGGAAAUCCUGGCGAUUGUGGAGAAGCCGGAGGAGCAGUGGUGGAGUGCCCGCAACAAGGACGGACGGGUGGGCAUGAUCCCCGUCCCUUACGUCGAGAAGCUCGCGCGGCCCUCACUACUCGGCAAGCCCGGUGGCGGCCGCCACGCCAACAGCUACGGCAUCCCUGAGCCUGCACAUGCCUAUGCCCAGCCGCAGACCGCCGGUGCCAUGGUCGCCCCCUUGCCCUCUGGCCAGAACGGGCCCAUCUACGCCAAAGCCAUCCAGAAGCGGGUCCCGUGCGCCUAUGACAAGACCGCCCUGGCACUUGAGGUCGGCGAUAUCGUGAAAGUGACACGGAUGAACAUCAACGGUCAAUGGGAAGGGGAGAUCCACGGACGGAAGGGCCUCUUCCCAUUUACGCACGUCAAAAUCAUCGACCCGCAAAACCCAGACGAGAAUGAAUGACCGCCGCUUCCCUCGCACUUCUGCUCCCGUUUUCUCGGAUUCCUUCCAGUUUCUUUAAUCUCCGUUGCCGCUUCGUCUUCGUUUUUUCCCCCUAUUCCUGGCUAUUGUUCGUCAAAGCGCUGCGUUCGCCAACGGGACGUAUUCUUAAUAUCCUUUAUUUCAUGGCCGUCGGACGUGUUUUGCGCCUUCAUUUGGGAUAAUUUGCGCAGCCAGUUUAUUCCGACGAGGUAGAAGGAAUUUCGGGCCUAAAGUUAUAGAAUAUGUGACAGGAAAUGUGGGAAAGCGCGCAAGAAAUACGGCUUUUCUGACGAACGAUGGCUAAAGAACAAAAAAUUGCGCAUAUAAUUUCCUUUUUGUACUGAUGGAUUUUUCGAGAGAAUAACUUUGUUUUAAUCAACAAUAGUGUCUUUUUUUAAGCUUUUACGUUUUUAACGUAAAAAUUGCGACUUCGCCAUUCGGAAAAGUGCGUUUUUUUCAAGCUAUUUAUAAGCAUUUCUCUGUUUCUGUAUUGAUUUCUGACUCAAAAUCUGCUGUUUUUGAGAGGAAUCUGAGGCGAUUUUUACAGUCGCUCGCUAUAAAUACUUUUUUUCUUUUCUCUGAGGAAACAGAUUAACGAAAGGACGCUUGUUUUUCUUCCCUUACAUUUAUCAAGCAUCGAUAAUCACUAAUUACAGCCGUAAACAACUGAACGAUUGAAAUAGCCGUUAAAGGUAUUUCUUCCAAACAAAAGAACGGUAAAAACGAGAAACGUUGAAUGUCGACCCUUAAACCUUUGAAGAAUAAAAAUUAAGAUUUCAUGGAUAAUAAUUAAGCAGCGACUUUUGGGACGAUAACUAGGAAGACGCAUUUUUAAUUGUUCCGCUCAGUAUUAAAAGAAAACGAAAAAGAAAAGUGCCUUAAUUUGAGGGAUUUAAUGUUAAUUUUUUUGUGGUAAAUGUGAGGGAAAUAGGAAGCGGCCGUGUAAAAUUAGUACUACUGAGCUUUGCGCGUUUGACGGAUUGUUUAAACGCCGCACUUUUUAAUGGCAAAUGAUAGUUUUCACCUCCUCUUGUCCUCCUUUCCUCCCUUCCCUCUUUCCUUCCAUAUUCCUGUUCUUCCUUUUUUUCUCUUCUCCUUUCUUCCCUCUAAAACUCAUUCUUUCCUCCCUUGCUUCCAAUCUCCCUUCUUUUUCUUUUUCUACCUUUUCUUUCCUUUUCCAUCUUUUCAUCCCUCCCUCUUUUCUAUUUUUUCCUUCCUUCCCUCUUCCAUACC